AUGAAGCGGAGUCGCAUCCAGUUUGAGGCCAAUGGCGAGUACUCUUCCUCCUCUCCGGCGGCCACUGUCACCGGGGGAGGUGGAGGAGGUAAUAUGUCCCAGAUCGCAGACGAGGAUACACGAAGCAAUUCCCGCCAUAUACCCAAGAUCUCACGCAAGAUUAGGGCAUGCACUGAAUGUAAGCGACACAAAGUGCGCUGCGAUAUGAAGAUCGGCGACCAAAUUUGCCAGAGGUGCCAACGAAUGGGUCUACAAUGUGUGGUGAACAAGAGCCUUCAGACAUUAUUAGAUGAUGAAGCGGAAUGGAAGACGAUGAUCGAAUUAGCCAUGUCCGAUUUAUUGAAAAAGGCUCAACUGCCGGAACUAUCAUAUUAUCAAGGUGGUGGUCCUUCGCCGCCUCAGACUCGGUUUAAUGAGCGCAACCGCAAACUAUCCACUGCAUCGGUCGAAGUCACGCCUCGCAUGGAAGAAACCGCAGGCCCGAGGCAGAACAAUGGAACAAAUCAUUCACGCCGCCCGAGCUCCGGAUACCGCACACAUAGAGAACAAUCGCAUUAUUCUCCAGAGAGAGAGGACCCGGGCCAAGCAACACUAGUGACAGCUCCAAUGGGCAGUCUUUUCGAAGUCACACAACUAAGCCACUCCCGAGGUAAUUCACCUACGCGCCAAUACGCACCGGACCGCAUGGUGGCUGCGGAUUUCAUAUCUCGAGGAGUCGUGGAUCUUGCAGAGGCAGAGGAACUCUUCGCUUACUUUGAUGGGCGUCUAAAUCAUUAUUUGUGGGAUGGCAUGGUGAUGGAUCAUGCAAAUCUGCUGUCUGUUCGCCAAUCCUCUACAUUACUUACUUCGGCUGUCUUGGCGGUAACGGCUCUCCAUAUACCCAAAAAGGAGCGAGUAUUCGAUACAUGCUAUGCAGAAUUUGCAAGACUGGCUUCGGAUUCAAUGUUAAAUCGGCACCAUAGCCUUGAUGACUUGCGGGCUCUAUGUAUAGGCGCGUUCUGGCUAUCCGAUGUCAGCUGGAAACUUUCAGGAUAUGCAGUUCGCAUUGCUACUGAACGAAAUCUUCACCAGUGUUAUAGAAAAGCCAUCCAAGGCUCACCAGAGCAUCGUGAGCAAACCCAGUUGUGGUACAUUCUUUACAUCCUGGAACAUCAUUUCUCUAUUGCGUAUGGUAGACCACCUAUCAUCCACGAGGAUACGUGCAUCACCAAUCACGAAGUUUUCAUGAACCACCCAUCAGUCGGCCAGCGUGACAUACGCGUUCAUAGCCAAGUUGCCUUGUUCAUCAUACUGACUCGUAUCUAUCAUGCAUUCGGACCUGAUGUCGAUGUCGAAGUCAUGGAGCAUGAGCUCCCGCGAAUAGAAGACUUCGAUAAAGAUCUUGAGAAUUGGAGAAGACUCUGGAGGCCACGAAUAACUGGAAAUCCUUACGUAGGAGACUAUCCCUGGAAGGCCGUGAAUCUCAACUACAACUUCUCUCGUCUUACCCUGAAUUCUACGGCUCUGAGAACCUAUCACUGCGGAACUUCGUUUCGACCACUUUCAGCGGCCCGCAAGAAACAUGCCGAGGUCGCCAUUAAAUCAGCCAUUGCAACUCUCACUGUUGUCUUGGACGUGCCUGAAGUCCAGGAAAGUCUAGUGGGAACUCAGCUGUUCUUGCACAGCAUGAUUACUUUUGCGGCUGUAUUCUUACUCAAGAUUGCAGUCAAGGUGCACCCUAACUGUAUCAUUGGUCCAGGCAGUCAACGAAACUCGCUUGCAGCUGCUGGUCUUGAUAUUGAUAUCCCCUAUGUACUUGAAGUCAUUGAGAAGAUCGUCAAGAUUAUGCUAUCUGCUAGCGAGAAGGCGAGCGAACGCCAUGUAAGCCAUCACAUUGCUCGAGGUCUCGGAAAAAUGCUGGAAGGAUUCCGAGAAUGGGAGCAAAGAAACACAACACAGGGCAGACAACCACACCGACCACAACCACCGAGUUGGCUUCACGACACACCAUCACUUUUCAGUACAGUAUCCCUCACAAAUCCACAAACUUUUGGUGGCCGCGCCACAAUCCUGAAUCAUCCUCCUGCGAUGCUUGGCGUUGCACCCUUGUCUUCUGAGCGUGGUAGCAAUAAUACCAAUACUCCGAACCACAACAACAAUAACAACCAUAACAAUACCAACCAUAAUAACAACAACCACAAUAGCCACAAUCACAACCAUAAUCACAACGCCUUGCCACCUUCAUCUACAGCAGAUCUGUCCGCAAAAUCACAAAUCGGUCUAUCUGAAGGAUCCCUCGAUCCCAUGAUGACGGAUAUGUGGGGAUUCGAAGAGGAGUAUUUCCCCAUGGGAGUGUUUGAUUUUUUGCAAUCGCAAAUGCCGGCAUGA